CGAUUGGAGGCGCGCACCCCAAGCCCAGAUGUCUGAGCGGCGAUUGGUCGCCGAGGCCGGCCAUGUCUCGUGGCAACCGCCCGUCGUUUAAAAGUUGAUUCCACUUUCUUCUCUAUCUCGCUCGGGAGCAGAGUACACUGCGCCACACACUCAGGUAAAAAGAUGGCUGCCAUAUACGUCACGGCCGUGCUAGCGUCUGUGCUCGUGCUAUGCACGUGCGAUCAAAAACUUUACCGUCACCUCCGAAGUGACAUUCGACAUCGAGGUGAAGAACUGGAACGGUCAGGGCGACGACAUCUCCGACAAACUCGUCAUCGGCUUGUUUGGCGACACCACACCUGUCACCUCCUUAAACUUCAAGACUCUGUGCAGCGGGUGGACACGAGAGGAUACCAAGCUGUCGUACAAGAACACUUUCUGCCACCGCUUGGUGAAGGACAUGCUCAUGCAGUGCGGAGACAUCACAACAGGCGACGGAACUGGCUCAAUCAGUAUCUAUGGAAACCGAUUCAACGACGAGAACUUCGUCAUCAGUCAUCGCAGCGGCGGCAUCGUCUCGAUGGCCAACCAUGGCAGGGACACCAACGGUUCACAGUUCUUCAUCACCUUUGGGCCAUCGCGGUUCCUGAACGACAAACACGUAGCAUUCGGAAAGGUCAUCAAAGGAUUUAACAUCAUCAGAGCCCUCAACAGAAUGGGUGGAGCGUCCAACUCGGACAGUCCCAAGCGGCCCAUCCGCAUCUCCGACUGCUCUGUAGAAGAUGUCAAAAAAUACGAACUGACCGCCAAGGACAUGGAGAAAGACGAUCUGGAAGAGGGAAAGUAGACGAAGAGCGUUUGGUAGCUGUAGUCAUGUGAAUUAAUGCACCUUGUGGCAUGAGAGUAGUUGAUGUCUUUAUACCAAACCAUUUAAUACGUUUUGAAUGAUCUUUUCUCCUUGUUCGCAUGUGUACUUUCCCCGUCUGCACAAAUAAUUUAAUUAAAGCUUUUUUUAAUAUAAUUUAUGGUAAAGUAUGCCCUGGUUGUCUAAGCUGGCAUCUCUAAUUGUAGUGAAUUGUCUGAAACAAAAUAGGAGAGUAUUAAAGCCUCAAUUUUGAUCCUUAAAUUAGUGAUGUCUAGUUUCUCUCGUUAAAAAUUAUUUUUAAAAAAAGCUUAGAAAACUGUAUAGGUAUCUAAAGAAUUUUUAAUAUUGUUUUCAUACUUUUAUUAUCACUAAACAACAUUACAACUUUUCAAACUAUUCACACAGAGUUUUCAGUUUACAUGAUGUUGCCUGUUCCAUCAGAUUGUUCCAUCACAUCAAAGAUUAAUAAAAUCCUGCAUGUGUGUUUCUGAAAGAGUUCUUGUGUGAAGUUUUACAUCAAAUGUUUGAACAAGUAGCAUAUCUGGUGAUUGAAAAAAUGGCUAAAAAACUAAACUAGGUGUUUGUAUUGUGUAUAUUCUAUUCACUGUGGGAGUUUGACCCAGGUAAAGACCGCGGCAACUUUGUACUUAAAUGUCAGCCAAAAGAUUCAGAAGUAAAACAAGAGCCAUUUCUAAAAAAUUCUAGAUGUUUAAUGUUACAUGUUGUCUUUCUAAUGUACGACUAUAAAACUUUUAGAAAAAUGGCCUCUGCAGGUUUGUCCGCGGUUUUACAGGUUAAUUUUUCAACGGGUGGUCACUUAGGGAAUAUCUAUUAUAGGACAUUUACUUUCUUGUUGUAUUGAUGGUUGUCUUUAUAUGUUUUUUAUAAUUGUUCGGCUAUGUAUUUUAGUUUCAAAUAAAAAAUACAAUGAUAAUACACGUGCACACACACACAGUGUUUUAAAGGGUUUCAUUUUGUGGCAUCCAUACCUGUCGUUUACUCGUCUACAGCAUCACCCGGAUUAAACUAGAUUGCACCCCAUUUUUAGGCGGGUGACCAACAGUCCAUAAUUAUCACAUCCUGCAAAUCAGACCAUUGUUCAUUUUUCCACGUUUCAAAACAACUUUGUAAAAUGUCCGAGGGAAGACAGACAUGAACGAGUGUCGAAUGUGUUUAAAGGAAAAUGUUGUAGCUCGUGUGGUGGACUGAACUCUGAACUCUGAACACUGCAGUGAGGCCAUCUUGCAACAAAGUGUUUGUAUGUUUUGUUGUUACAACAUGAUGAUCUGACUCUCAAAUGAUCUGUAUGUACACGGCCAUAAGAUCGGUGAUGUGAUGCUCUGUAUGAUUAUAACAUUGAUAAGUGUUCUGAAAAUGACUUGUCAUAAUUUCGAGAACAUUCAGCAGCAAACAAUGUUUGUAUCAGAUUUGUCAUCUUACCUGUCUGAGUGACGUAUUCACAAUUAAAGAAUGUUCACUUUU